UCACCUUUUCUUAUGAUUGGCCAGUAUAAGGAAAACAGACAUCCCGGAUCCAGGAUAAGAAAGUGUAUUUGGGUUCUGUGGUAUGGAAUUGGGCCGGGGCGACGAAGGAGGAAAAGCGGAAGAAUGGGGUCCAAAUGCCGAGCAGCGUGGCAUAGAUCUAGACUGGAGCGGGUUUCUGCACGUUACAGUGGGCAACGUGCUGGCUAAUUAUGGAUGGUAUAUGCUGUUUGGACUCAUCAGUGUGUAUCUAGUGGCACAGAAAGUAUUUGAGAAUGUUCGACGUUUCCACAAACCUUCAAGCAAAGUUGAAGCAGAUCCCGAUGCUAUUGUCAGGAGACAGGAGGCAAUUGCUGCUGCUAGACUGAGAAUGCAAGAGGAACUCAAUGCCCAGGCAGAAAAAUACAAAGAAAAGCAAAAACAGUUGGAAGAAGAGAAGAGGCGCCAGAAGAUUGAGAGCUGGGAGAGCAUGAAAGAAGGAAAGAGUUAUAAAGCACCUACCCGUCUGAGUCAGCCAGAGAGCCCAGCCCCUAGCAAUUCUGCACCCUCAUCUGCUCCAAAUCCCAAACCUGAACGGAAACCUCUAAGAGGGAGUGGUUAUAACCCAUUGACUGGUGAUGGUGGAGGAACAUGCGGCUGGAGACCAGGAAGACGAGGCCCUUCUUCAGGGGGAUGAGGUUAAGCUCCUUGCUGGAGUUUUCUUUUCAAACAAACCAGCAAGGUCACAUGUCAGAGUAAUCUGCGCAUCGUAGCAUUCAUUACAGUGGAUCUCCGAUGGCAUUCAUGUGAUAUCUUUAACAAAAGAAGUGUCUGGAUGUACAAUGUAUUAUUACAUGUGUGCCAACUCAUCACAAGAAGAGACGUUUGUCACUUAAACAUGCGACAUUAUCUUUAAUGAGAUCUCAUCUGGCUGUAUAGGUGAUGCCUUUUACUUAUAUCACUGUGGAUGGAUGCUAUGAAUGAUGUUAUCCUUACAAAUGGCACUGGAGCCAAUGAGGGUGACUGAUGUAAUGCAGUGCAUAACACUCUGCCGUUUAUAUAUAAAAUUAUAUUUUGUCCUGUCUGUUGCUUCAAUAGAUGCUUUUCACAGUCA